AUGAAUAUUUUUUUAGAUCGUUGUGGGAAUCAGAGAGUAAAAUUCGUCGAUUAUGUUCAAGAAAGUGACUUCGAAAUCUUACCCAGAGUGACCGGUAUCUUUGUGGACAGUUGUGCAAGGGAUUCUACUCUUGCCCGCCAGAAGACCCUCAAGUUUGGCAGCUUUGUGCGAUCAGGACCGAGUGUCGUCGGCGUGGUUGUUUUGGUGCGGUCGAAAGGCGAUCAUGAUCAUUUCAUGCAGUUUCAGAAAUUAUGCUGCAUCGACAUGAAUCUGAAACUUAUCACCGCUGCGAACAUCGACGAAGCGGCGGGAUUCAUCCUUAAGAUGGUGAUUUCAGAUCAUAGUGUGCACAACGAUAUUCAGGCACCACCAUGUACGGACGAAGAUGUUCAUAAGAUUUUGCGACGGAUUCCGGGAAUGGGACCGGUGAAAGCUAGAACUUUGCUGCAGAAUUUUGGAAGUAUGGUUUUUGUUACUAAGUUGUUUUUCAAGCAGUUGCGCGACAUUCCUAGGUAUACGGAAUAUCAUCGAAGCUUCAGAAGAGGGAUGUCCGGCGAUACUUCGAGUAUUUACUACUUUUAUGGUAAUACCGGCGGCAACAAGUCGAAGCUGCCGAAGCAGGACAUGAGCAAAAAGUCGCUGAUGAACAACUGGGGGAUGAGUCUUUUGCUGCCGUUCUCGUUCCCAGGAAUCAAUUGA